CUCAUAUCGAAGCGCGAACGCACCGGCAUGAACUCCACGCGAGAGAAUUCAAUAACGUGAACGCGACUCGUUUGUUUCGAUGCUGUCAGCGCGUUACAAGAUCUCUGUGUGUUGUAAAUGGUUCUAAUUGGGCAUGACGGUCUAUGCUGAUAAAACGGUGUCUCCGUUAAUUAAUGCCCUAGUGUCCGUGUUAUACAAUACCGUCGGUUAGUGAGAAAGGGCCUGUGUUACGGCUCACUGCGGCCACCAAGCUGCAAACACUGCGCUGGCAUUGGGUGCAUAAUGCACAUUGCCAGUGAGUGUGAGUGGAGUGUUCAUAAAUAGUCAGUGCAAAGGGGGCUACAACGCAAUGAUCCCUAUUUCCCGCCGUCAGGUGGCGCUCUACUACCCCAAAUUGACAACAUGGCGGCGUUCACAGUCGGCGGCGUGGCCAUCACGCCACCCUAAAUAAAUUCGUAAUAAUCCCUACAAAGAGUUCAAAACACUCGCUCAAGGCCUAGUGACAAUAUCCGAUGGAGAUGACGUCUUGUACAAAAGGUAAAUAAUCUUCUGGAUUAUGGUCUACAAUAAAGGUAUAAGAAGAUAAUUAUAAAAUUAUUUAGAUAUGGAUCCAAUUCUAGAAAAUGAAGGUGCUUCAACUGUUUCACCGACGAAUUAUGGAAAGAAACAUAAACAUAAGAAGAAAAAGAACCAAGAAGCACCAGUGCAGGGCCAGACCGUCGUCGGCGAGAAAAAGAAAUUUGUAGUUACCACACUAUCCAGGACUGACGAAAAAGAAGUUCCUGCUAGCAGUGUAGCCCAAAGUAACAUCCAUACUGUACAUUUCGGCACUAAAGGUGUUGAAUCGCAAAGACCCCACGUUAGAUCAAUAUUUAAAGAUAGACCGCCAGACUCAUCAUCCAGAGCGUCAAGUGCUGAAAGAGAACCUGUUAAAAAAGAGUAUGAAACUUUUCACGGAACCUCUUCAUCUAGUCCUCGAAGCUCUAUUUUUGAUAUUUUCAGAAUACGGCGAAAGAGUGAUGCUAAAAAGCAACACUCGUUUAUGCAAAAUGUGAAAGCUGCCUUAGGGGCGACACCGAAAUCUACAGAGGCUCCGGAGUUCUCUAAAGAGGAACAAAAAGCUGAGAGUCCAAAAGAAACGCAUAAGAAAUAUUACCAUACGGUAACUGGAGCAUCUUCUCGAAAAUCUAGUCCAAUGACCAGAGUGAUGGACAUUUUUAGAAGUAAACCUCAUCAAGAGACAGGUCAAGCUGCGGCAGAUCCAGUCAAAAAGAAGAAUAAACAGAUCCGUCGUUCUUCCAUAGAGACAACGUCUCCUACUUAUCACAAAAAUUCGUAUGCAUCGUUGGAUCCGAUGCAGGCUAAGCAGCUCUUUAGAGAAGUUCGAGGCCUUCCGAAAUAUGAUCCUUAUUUAUCUAUUGUACAAAUAUCUAUUGGAGGACGAGAUAAAACAAGACUGUUGUUGAAUUUCUUUAAGUAUCACAAAUGUUACGAAAUAUUGCCCAAGUCAGCGAAAGUUAUAAUUUUUGAUACACAAUUUUUAGUUAGAAAAACUUUUCCUACACUUAUAUCGCAUGGAAUUCGUUCAGCUCCACUAUGGGAUGCUACUAAAAAGCUUCUCGUUGGAAUGAUCACUGUAACUGAUUUCAUACGAAUUCUGCUUCACUACGACGCCGAAAACUUAUGUAUAGAAGAUUUAGAAAGGCAUUCUCUUCACAACUGGAAAAAAAUUCUGCGACCUUCACGAAAACCUUUAGUCAGCGUGAGACCUGAUCAAUCAUUGCACGAGGCUAUUAAUUUGUUAAGCAAAAAUCGCGUCCACCGAUUGCUUAUGAUAGACCCGUACACAGGAGAUGUUUUAUACGUUUUGUCUCAUAAGAGAAUAUUGAGAUUUUUGUUUGUGUACUUGAACGAAUUCCCAGAAUUAACGUUUUUCCACAAAACGAUACAUGAUUUGAAGAUUGGGACGUAUGAAGAUAUUGUGUCUGUUACAGACAAUACUAGUAUUAGAGCAGCAUUUCAAUUACUACUGCAAAAAGAUAUAUCAGCUUUGCCCGUCCUUAAUGAUGAUGGCAUACUACUAGAUGUGUACGCAAAAUAUGAAGUAUUGAAUCUAGUCAGUGAAAAGUUGUACACGAAUUUGUCAACUACGAUAGGAGAAAUACGAAACAAGAAGAAAGACUGGGAAGAGAAGUUGCAAAAAUGUCGUUCAAGUAUUACUUUAUACGAGGCCUUAGAAGUUAUUGUUAGAACCGAAAGUCAUCGAUUGUUGUUAGUUAAUAAGGAUGAUAAAUUAAUUGGUAUUGUAUCGUUGUCAGAUAUUUUAGUGUACUUGAACAGAAUAAUACCUGCAGAAAAGAAAGUUUCUUCCUUGCAAGAGCUGUUCAGACCUCUCGAAGAGAACAAGGUACCCGAGUCAGCCAAGGAAAAUGAAAAUGAAGUUAUAUCUAUUGAGGUACCGCAACUACAAAAUAUUGUAAAUGAAGUCGGUGAAACAACGACGUCUACUGAGAAUGAAAAGUCGGAAAUAAAUAUCAGUUAUAACAGUGCUGAUAAUCAGACGGAGUCUAAAAUGGACCAUGUCGAGGCGUCAAAUGAACAAGAAUGUUCAGAAGAUUGUAAAGUACGCAAUUUGAAUGACAAUCAAGACCCUGCUGCACCAUCCAAUGAGGAAACGAACAAUGAAACAGAUAAAUUAAGUGAAUAAGUAGUCGAUUUAUUAUUCCAAAGAAUAUGUGAUAGGUGGAAUCGCCGAAUCAAUGUAUUAUAAUCUCAAAGAACGCUUUGUGCUUGUAUUAAUAUAGUAAUUUAACUCCAUAAUACUUGCGUUAAAUACCACGUGAAUGCCUUAUUCAUUAUUUAAUUAAUAUCAUUAUAAAACAUUGCU